AUGGUACAACCCGCGUCUUAUAAAUACCACCGAAUUUCGCGUGGCUGGAAAAUAUUCAAAGUUAGCACGAGUAAAAGGUCGAUAAACAUUAGCAACAUGGAGUGGACUCCGAUGGAAAUCAACCCUGAGGUGCUGAACAAGUUGAUGACGAAAGUCGGCGUGGGCGAGAGCUGGCAUUUUGUGGACGUCCUCGGCUUCGAGGCCGAGCAGCUAUCCGCCGUCCCGAAGCCGUGCUGUGCCCUGAUGCUGCUCUUCCCCAUCACACAAGAGCAUGACUCUUUCAGACAUCAGCAGACGGAUAAAGUGGUGCGGAGCUCGGACGCCUACUUCCUGAAGCAGACGGCGACCAAUUCCUGCGGCACCGUCGCUCUGCUGCACGCGCUGGCAAACAACCAAAGCAAACUGACCUUCGAGAGUGCUUCUGUGUUGAAGAAGUUUCUGGAUGAAACUGCCAAGAUGUCUGCUGAUGACCGUGCCAAACAUCUGGACAAGAACCAGGCAAUCCACGAGGCUCACAACGAGGUGGCUGCGCAGGGCCAAUGUAGGCCAGAAGCAGAUAAGGUCAACUUCCACUUUGUUGCCUUUGUCAACGUCAAUGGACAACUCCUUGAAUUCGACGGGAAGAUGAAUGGCCCCCUAAACCACGGAACCACCAAAGAUGAGACCCUCCUAACGGAUGCUGCCAAAGUGUGCCGAGGAUUUGUGGAGCGAGGACAAGGCGAAGUGCGCUUCUCCGCCGUGGCUCUGUGUCGUGCUUAAAUUCCCCACUGGGACGAAAUGUAGCCGACAAAAACAACAUUUAUCUGCGUUUUCCAGGCACUGUUAAGCAAGUAUUGUUUUGACUAAACACACAAAUGUAGGUUGUACACCUCUUCUUGUGAACUAUUAGCACAACUGUUGAAAAUGUGCAGAAACUGUGUUCCCCUUAGAUGUGAGCAAAGCAAUCCCACUGCAGUUUUGUUUGCUGAUAAUUUUUUGGACUGUUCUGAUGACUUUGAGAUCGGAUGUUCCUCACAGCCUCAAUGUAGCUUCACAUAACGACUGGAUGGCGCAUUUGAAGAGCGCAAUGGAGUUUGCUUUCCUUUGCACGGUCGGAAUUGCGUGUGCGUGUUGCAGUGUUCUUUGCACUGUUGGUGUGGCUGUUACUGACACAAAAUAAAGUGCUUUUGAUGUGUGA